AUGGCGUUCCGUAGCGUAAAGUCUGAUGGCACGCCAGGCCACCUGGUCUUCAAUCUGGCGCGUUUGACACGCCAAGCAGAGAAUGGGCUCGUCAUCGUCGGACGCGGCUCCCAGGCCACCAUGUACCUCAACACGCCGAGGCUGCCGCAGAUGAUCUCGCGGCUCCACGCGGAGCUCUCCGUGAGCCCGGACUUCCGCGUCAUGGUCAGGGACCUGGGAUCCACCAACGGGACCUUCGUCAACGACGAGCGCAUCGAGAACGCCGGGCAGGACUCGGAGUCGCAGGCCGUGCCCCACGAAAGCAUCCUCGGCUUCGGGGGGCCCGCGCGCGUGUCGCGCAUGGGCAUCAUCACGGAGAACCCUUGCAGGUUCUUCGUGGACGCUCGGCCGAUCCACGUCGCGGCGCUCGCGGGCGACCUCGACGCGAUCACGGCGAUGGUCCGCGCGAACCCCGACGACGCCAACCUCCUCGGCCUCGACGGCGGCAACCUGCUGCACAUGGCCGUCAUCGGCAUGUCAGCGCCGGUGGUCGAGUUCGUGCUCACGCAGUACCCGAACCUGAUCACGGGGCGCACGCGGCGCGCCGCGACGCCGCUCCACUUCGCCGCGAAGUACUCGACGACGGAGAUCGUGGGGAUGCUGCUGCGCGCGGGCGCGGACCCGUUUGCGGAGACGCAGCAGGGGCUGACGGCGGCGCACAUCGCGGCGAGCCGCGGGUCGCGCGACCAGCUGUCGCAGCUGCUGGAGGUCGCGCCGGGGCUCGCGAGCAUGGCGUCGCAGAACCAGCGGCUGACGCCGCUGCACCUGGCGGCGACGAAGGGGCACGUGGAUGCGGUGCGGGCGCUGAUCGCGUGCGGGGUGGACAUCAACGCGCGCACGCAGGACGGGCAGACCGCGCUGCACUACGCCGCCGCGGAGAACCACACGGGCGUCGUGGAGUGCCUCCUCGGCGCGCCCGGCGUGGCCGUCAACACCGCCGACGAGCUAGGGCUGACCCCGCUGCACGUCUCGGCGCACCGCGGCCGCGCGGAGAUCGCGCGGAUGCUCCUCGACGCCGGCGCGGACCACGGCCUCACGGUCGGCGGCGCGUCGGCCGCGCAGAUCGCGCUCGCGUGCGGGUUCACCGCGGUCGCCGACGUCAUCCACCAGUGGGUGGUCGCGCACCCGCAGGGCGGGCAGGGCGCCGCGGGGCAGGGCGGCGAGGGCGAGGACGAGGAGAUGGUCUCGAGCGACAGCGAGGCCGGCGGGAAGGGCCGCAAGCGCAAGGGCGCGCACGUGUCGGACGACGCCAUGGACCAGGACCGCGUGGUGCAGUUCGGGGAGGAGUGCAAGGACGUGGUGCUGCAGCUGGACGAGUCGCUCGCGGGGAUGGUGUCGAACGCGGAGCGGCGGUGCGCGGCGCUGCACGCGGUGAACGCGCACGGGGCGUCGCUGCAGGAGCUGAUGCACGCGGCGGUGGCGCACGAGAAGUACGCGGUGCUGCAGACGCUGGUGGACAUCGGGCUCGGGCAGAAGGCGUCGCGGCGCGCGGAGCGCCCGAAGGCGGACGCGCGGGACGAGACGAUGACGAAGAUCAGCGCGGGGGAGUGCCUGACGGCGCGGACGUCGUGCGCCAUCUGCAUGGAGCCGAUGGUCGCGCCGUACACGGUGACGCCGUGCGGGCACACGUUCUGCGGGCCGUGCAUCCUGCGGUGGGUCGCGCACAACCAGGGCGCGCAGCCGCAGCAGCAGCAGGGCCGUCCGCAGCGCCCCAAGAUCACGUGCCCAAAGUGCCGCGCGCGCGUCGGCGCGAUGCCCGCGCCCGCCCUCGACCUCAUGGGCAUCCUCGAGGACGUCGUCGUCAAGUCGAUGGACGAGGGCGAGCUCGCGGAGUGGCAGGCGCGCCGUGACCGCUGGCUCAACGACAAGUCCUCCCUGGUCUCCGUCGCCGAGGAAGUCAUGGUCGGGGCCGCGCAGAUGUCCACGGGCGGGCUGCCCGUGCACCUCGCGCGCAUGCGGCCGCUCGCCGGCGGCAUGACGCGCCCGGAGACGCCCGCGCUGCAGAUGUCCUUUGGCGGGCAGCAGCUGCCCCUCGCCGACGACUCCUUCAUCUAG